CGCGGUGCAUUUCAAUCUCCGCAUCUUCUGUCGCACAUAGCCAUAUUCCACAUCUGAUCAUGGCCCAGAACGCUGCCAGAAUUCCCGCCUGGCGGAGGUUGGGUCUCGCCCUCAAGAAUCAAGACGACACCGGAGUCGCCGUACCUGACCCCCAGGCGCCUUCUGUGCCCUAUAGCGACCAGGACAUAUCGCAGCAUCAAGCCGCGUCCGCCACGGACCAUGCCGCAGACAGCCAGUCGCUGAAGCUUGGCAAACGGAAACACCAACAUGAGCCCGUGGACCACCAUCACCAAGAACCCAAGAAGAGUCGGGUCGCGGCUCCAAACGCUCAACCCAGCCCAGAAGCCCAUCAUGAGGUUACCACUGCCAGCCCAAGAGUAGAAGCUCCCACGGAGAAGGCUCCAGUGACAGGGAAGCCUGCCAAAGGAGGAGACUCGAACUACCGAAAGAAGAAGGAAAAGCCACCAAAACGCCGAAAAGCAAAUCAACAGGUUCAGCAGGCUCCCUCUGCGCCGCACACCCACUUACCUGAGGUGACCUUGCCAGACCGCCCUGCUUUACUUGCCUCCACCGAGACUGCGGAACCCGUGGCAACCCCGCAGAAGCCCUCAAAAAAGCCAAGCCACAAGGACUCCUCUCGAUCACCACCGCUGACGGAUCGAAAAAAGUGUGUUGCCUUUACCCCAGACACCAAAAAGUCCGACGGCAACACCGGACAGGACUACUUCAAAGCCUGGGUCGCGCAACAAAAAGGCACUGGAGAAGUGUCUCAGCCGCCAGAGGUCUCAGACUUUGUUCUACACGCAUUGAUUGCUGACGAGGAGAAGACGGCAAGGAAAAACGGGCAGCUAGAAAAGAAGCAGGGAAGUGAGGGUAUUGCCAAUUCGAAACUCAAAGAAACCAAGUCCCAAGACAGGUCAUUGUCGAAGCCGGCUAAGACUGAAGAGCCAAAACCUGUCUCAAAACCUGCUCCACCGAGUACUCCGGGAGCCAAAGGAAAGAAGAAGGAUCCAUCCAUUUAUAUCGCCUAUCUCACACAAUAUCACAACGACCGGGAAAACUGGAAGUUCAACAAGGCCAAGCAAAACGACGUCGUUGACAAUGCGUUGAACAUCUUCCGGAUCCCAAUAGAGCACUCUGAAGCAUUAACCACGUACGUUGCUGGACUGCAGGGCGCGGGCGUCAUCCAGCGUUUACGUGAGCGCUGCCACGCAACAUUGAACGACCUGGACGAGCAGGACGCACAAAUGGACGACGCAGAGGCCCGCAAGAUUGCUCAAGAAGAGGCCGAACAGGAGCGCAUCGCCAAGGAACGAAAGAGGAGGAAGACUGAUGGCGAUUUGGCAAGCCUGGCAGAGCACCCGUGGAGCCCUGGGUUUAUCAGAAGACUCCAACGACAUCGAGCCGAGGCGCUUUUGAAUGCUUUGGGCCGCGCCGAGCCGGUUCUACCUGCUGUCGCGCCCAAGUCGAGCCUAAACCCGCUGAUGCAGCACGUCGAGCCAGCAAAAUCCAACGCGCGGAAACGCAAACGCAGAAGCGAAAUCUCGAGUGAUGAAAGCAGUUCCGACAGCAGCAGCGACUCGGAUUCAAGUUCGGAUUCGGAUUCGGACAGUGCCGAUUCAGACGCUGAGUCUGACAAUGAGCCUGAAAAGAAUGCUGCUAGAUCCGACGAGAGCGAGAGUGAUCGCAGCAGUAGCAGUAGUAGCAGCAGUAGCAGCAGCAGCGAUUCAUCGAGCGACUCUGAUAGCGACUAGGCGGCAGAACGAUUGUCCAGACAAUACGCUUUUCAUUCGACAAACGAAGAAAUUGGAUUAGGUCAGAGGGGUUUGGCACACAUUUCUCCGUGUAAAUACCAUUGUUCCAAAAAGCCAUUGCGAGUCCUUGAGUAGCACCGUACAUUACUACAAGCAGACUGUACAGACAUCAAUAGCCUCUAAGUAGCCCAUCCCCGCCAAAGAAAGCUGCUUCCAAGUUGGGAAAAAUAUACAUGUAUGAUACCCAAAUCAGCUAGUCCUCCCCCUCCA